AUGGAGGAUGCCGGCACGGCAGCGUUGCGAGAUGACUCUCGCGCCGUGACAAGCAAGCAGCAGCAGUUAGAGCUCUCCUUCGACUUCGCAACGGAGGAUGGCGUGGAGCCCAUCCCAGUACACGAGAUCGAAAUGCGGCAGGCGACGUCUCGCCGCCACGGGAACGUCCCCCCUGACGUGUCGCAGCAGGAGUUCGCCAGGUUGCUGGGCAUCAGCGUUGAGGAGACACGCGACCCCGUCACAAAGGCGAGUUGUCUUGACUACACGGCGGCGCUGCGCGCGUACUACGGCGACCCUGACGACGAGGCGUACGAGAUGUUUCGAGAGAACAUGAUGCGCUACUCGUCGAGUGAUAGGUGGCUCAAGGGGAAUAACUUCCUCGGCAAGGAUGUGCUGGAGGACUACAGGCGGCUGAAGCUCUUCGAGGACGAGGCGCUGCAGUUUCUCCCCCUCGGUGAUAAGGCCGCCGCCGUCGCAAUGGAGGCGGAGGUGUACGGUGAGGUGCGGAGUGAGGCGCACAACGAGAGUAUGCGGCGGUACAGAGAGGAGCACAUUCCUAAUUUAGUGGAGAAGCGAUUGUCGUUUGAGCGCAGAAGAAGGGCCGCCGCCAACCGUGCCUGCGAGGUCUCAGAGGACGAAUCCUUACCACAGCGACAAUGUAGAGGGAUGCGCUACAAAAAAGCCUUCCUAGGUAAUGUAUCUAAAGACAACUAG